AUACACGCGUAAAUACGGUAAUUAGAUGUCCUGGAUAUACAUGGUUGCCAGUGGGGCCCCAGCUGCUGUAUAUUAAAUAUCUCAUGUUUCAAGCGUAUUUACUCUGUUAAGCAGUCACAGCAUAUUGGUGUAUUGCCAUUUUGCAUUUUGUAUCUCUGUUUUGUUGCCACAAUUUUCUAAACAUUUUUUUCUUGCGCUUUAGUACACAAUUUAGGCGAGAAUUUGAGAAUUUCUUAACUUGAUCUGAAACUUCCCUCACUCAAAACAUGACCCAGAAUGGUAAAUGUAAUUGGAAGGCAAUCUGAGUCAAUGAUGUUAGUGACGUUAGUGACAAUGCCCUCUGACAGUUUGAUGUUCUGAUGGACCACAGUAUCAAGAACAUCACCCUUCCCAUCAGGAAUGUAAUUUGUAGAACUGUGCAGUAGAGAUGUUGAAGCUAGAACUAGCAAUUCCAAGAACCUCUUGCCCGAUGGGUUUGAAACUUCACUAUUCCAAACUGAGUGCUUUGCAGAUUCUAAAGGGUUCUGACAAUGAGGAUGACAGAAUUACUGGGGGGGUUUGGUCUUUUCCAUCGUCCAGAAUUCUGGAAUUCAGAUUAGCCCUUUCUAAGGUGCCCAGCUGAGUAGGUGUAUUCCUUUCGCACCUGAAGACGAAAAAUUUCCUGUUUCCGAAACGUGUCUAUUACCUAGAAUUCCGGACGAUGGAAAAAGUCCAAAACCCCAGUAUUUCUGUGGGUGCUUUGCAUUCAGGUCAACUACCAGGAUAUGCAUAUUUCUGAAACCCAAUAGCCCACUAAUGUCUGUGCCGGUCCACAGCCGCAAGCAACAUAUCGAUGUUCCCAGUAGGUAUGUGGGCCCAUGUUUCUAGAAAUUGGGGAACAACGUUUACUUAACGCGAGGGUUGCUAUUGUGUAGCGGUAUGCUUAACGCCGCUCAUAGAUGGCAGCAUAAAGCCGUUUCGUGUCAGGCAAUGACGUAGAGUUGCGUUAGGCUGAUUGGUAAUUUCAAUCUGUUGUGUAGUUAGGGGUUAUGGCUGAAUUAUUGUUAGAUUCCGACAUCAGAUUUUGGGUAUUUCUGCCCAUAGUUGUUAUAACAUUUUUAGUUGGGGUAGUGAGGCAUUAUGUGUCGAUUUUGCUCUCGUCCCAGAAGAAAGUGGAGCUACAGCAAGUACAAGACAGUCAAGUUAUAAUCAGGUCUCGCUGUUUGAGGGAGCAUGGGAAGUACAUUCCAAAACAUUCAUUUCUAAUGAGACGUCAGUUCUUCAAUAAUGAAGAAGCGGGUUAUUUUAAGACCCAAAAACGUGCAGCUGUUAAUCAGAACCCGAUGACAGACCCAAGUAUGAUGACAGACAUGUUGAAAGGGAAUGUUACAAAUGUGAUACCCAUGAUUGUCAUUGGAGGAUGGAUAAACUGGAUGUUCUCUGGGUUUGUUACAACAAAAGUCCCAUUUCCACUGACACUGAGGUUCAAGCCAAUGUUGCAGAGAGGAAUUGAGCUUCUUACUCUUGAUGCUGCUUGGGUUUCCUCUGCAUCUUGGUAUUUUCUCAAUGUGUUUGGUUUGCGCAGUAUCUACACCCUUGUCCUUGGUGAAAACAAUGCUGCUGACCAGGCUCGACAUCUUCAGGAUCAGAUGUCUGGAGCAGCAAUGGCAAUGCCUCCGGAUCCGAAAGCUGCUUUCAAGGCAGAAUGGGAAGCUCUUGAAAUCUGUGAACAUCACUGGGCACUGGCCAACAUAGAAAAUGAAAUUUUGGGUUUGGCAGGACCUUCCGCAGAUAGCAUAUAUCACCAGAAUAAAGUCGAUUGAUUGUAUUUCAUAUUUUGUUUCCAGUUUAUUUAUACUCUACUGAUGGUGACAUGCUCAGUUCAAUAGAGAAAGUGAGACAUUGCUUCUUAAAGAGAUGUUGGUUAAUUACUGCCCUGGGUAUGAAUAAUGACUACAGCUUUCCAUUGUAACAUUUGCAGCCAGAGCUUAGUCUCUUGCAGAAUUGUGUAUUCCUUCUUCAAAAUAAGAUAUAGUCACCCAGAAGUUUCAGUUAUAUUUCUGCUGUCACAAAAUGUUCACAUCUUGUUCCGUUCAUAUUUUCAUCAAAACCUUUGAAGCCUGUAUCAUGCCUUAGGUUCAUCAGGGGACUGAAAAUGUAGACGCUGCUUCUUAUAUUUCACUUUCACAUUGUUUGUGUGUAGAUAAUAUAUCAGGCUACGAAUAUAUUUUUGAGUAAAUACUUGUACAUUUGACCACGUCUGUGGUCUACUGGUCAGAAUUCCUGGCUACAGAUCCAGAGGUCCAGGUUCUAUUCCCAGCACUACCAGAUUUUCU